UGAAUACAAUGGAGCAACUCAAAACUCGGCUUACGGAGCCGAAUCUGUCCACAGAGCAAAAGCUGUUGGUAUUGAUCGGUCUUCCUGUGCUUUACGUCGUAGGCUUAACCGUUUACCGCCUCUACUUCCAUCCUUUAGCCAGAUUUCCUGGGCCUAAGUUAGCAGCGGCAACAAAAUGGUAUGAGUUCUACCACGACAUCAUCAAAGGGCAGGGAGGUCAGUAUUUUGUGCGAGUGAGUGAGAUGCAUGAUAAAUACGGCCCAAUUGUCAGAGUCAACCCUGAUGAAAUUCACAUUCGCGAUCCUUCUUUCCUCGAUACCCUCUAUGCUACCAAUCCCACAAAGAGGGACAAAUAUCCGCCUUCUGCGGAGAUGGCAGGGUUGACUUAUGGGACCCAUGGCACAGUGGAUCAUGAUAUGCAUCGGCGCCGCCGAAUGGCAAAUUCACGCAUGUUCUCAAAGCGUGCUGUUGCAAGCGCCCAGGAGCUUAUUCAUGGCCACAUCAAAGAGCUUACUGAAGCCUUUGAGAGGAAGGUCGGCUCCCCCGAGCCUGUUGAGAUGCAGACUACUUUUCUUGCUUACACCACUGAUGUCAUCUAUCACUAUAUGUUUAACAAGGAUGUUGGUUUCCAGAAAGAUUGGAACAAAGCCCAAAGCUGGCGACACUCUAUGGAAGCAGUGGCUCAAGCAACUCCCUUCUGCAAACAGUUCCCCUGGCUCAAUGGAAAGCUCCUAAUGUUGCCGGAGUGGAUCUUGAAGGUUAUUGUAGCAAAAUUGCAGCCCGAUAUUGCAGGCCUUCUUGCCACACACAAGCUCAUGGGUAGAAUUGCUGCCGAGUACGUUGCGCACCGGAGUACAGACAAGGGCAAACGUGAAUCCGAGGAAGAUGAGAAGAACAUUAAGCCCUUGACGAUUUUCCACUCCAUCGAUCGCAGCGCCCUUCCCAACGAAGAAAAGACUGCUCUACGACUUAUGCAAGAGGGUCUCACUGUGCUGUUUGCUGGUGGCGAGACUGGCUCACGACUUCUGGCUCACACCAUCUACCACUUGCUGGACAACCCUGAGAUUUUGGAAAAGGUUCGGAAAGAGAUCCUAGAAGCUGCUGGAGACUCUAAAGAAUUGCCUGACGUCAAGGUCCUUGAAUCGUUGCCCUGGCUGGCCGCAUCAGUCCGCGAGUCGCUUCGCCUACGCGCUACUACAACAUCCAGACUUCCACUUGUCUCUAAAAAGGAGUUGAUUUACAAGGAUUGGGUUAUCCCCGCUGGCACCCCUGUUAGCAUGAGCCACCCUGACAUUCUUCAUAAUGACGAGAUAUACCCAGAAGCCUUGAAAUUCAAGCCUGAGCGAUGGUUUAACGCUACUGAGCAGCAAAACAAGAUGUUCAUUCCAUUUGGCAAGGGUACACGCAUGUGCAUUGGCGUUGAUUUCGCAUACAUCGAACUGUACAUGUCUCUUUCUACACUCAUUACCCGGUUCGACUUGGAGUUGUAUGACACAACUUGGGAACGUGACGUGGCGUAUACGAGAGACUGCUUUCUGGGCGAGGCUUCUCGAGAUAGCCCGGGCAUUCGAGUCAAGGUGCUGGCAGACAAUAAGAGGUGGGUUUCGGAUUAGAAAAAAAGACAUUGGUAGUUUGUAAAAGCAUCAACAAGAAUUGGGUGUACAAUGCUUGCGCCAUGUGAGGCGUCUGAUGGACUACCAGUAGUUUACAGGAUGUGUUUUGCCGACCAAUAACAGCAUAUUAGAUAGUUAAACAGAGUCGGCGAUUAGCUUAGCAUUCGUUUUCAACGCUUUUUGUGCCU